AUGACUGAAGUGAGUGCUGUUGUUGUGCUAUUCUUCUUCUUGGCACUGCUGGCAACAACCGCCACCACGACCAAUGCCUUUUCCAGUACCAAUAAGGCAACUACUGCCAGGUCCACACUGCAAUCAAGAUCGACGUGUUCUUCUUCUUCUUCAAAAUCCUCCAGCACACGCCUACAAUGGUUCAACAAGGACGCUAAAGAAGACGGUAGCCAAGAAGAAGAAGAACCAAAAGAGGACGAAGAAGAAACUUCUGGCGGUGGAUUUAGUUUCUUCAAGGACUUUAAAGGUAUGAUGGAGAACUUUGACGACGUGGUCGAUGACUUUGUGUACAAGCGCAUGGGUGCUGGUGAACAAUGGUAUGGAAAACGCAAAUACAACCCCUCUGGACGAGUUGAUGGAGAGUACAAUGGCAUGGGUAGAUCCGAUCAAUUCCGCAUUGAAUUGGCCCGAGUCCAAAAGGAAGAAAUGGAAAAGCGCCGUCAGCGACGAUUGGCAGAAGAGGAAGAAGAACGUCGGCAGAGGCAAAUGAAGUAA